AUGGCAGCCAAGCGCAUCUCCUCCAUUUUCUCGAUGGGCAGCAACAUCUCCGACCAGAGCAGCGAAUCUCGAAUGUCACCCUCAAUUCAUCCUGCGCGACCUCCAAGGGAGCAGAAUCAAAGUCCCAUCCAUGUUUCAGGAGAACAGAGCCAUGUUCUCGGUUCGGAACAGCGGAAUUCCGUCAAUCUCUCGAGGAAAUCCCUGCCCAAUUUACGACCUACUUCUCACCUACAGAAUCUUCAUACCGAACAGUCGUCUGGGUAUACACCCCCGUUUGAUCCUACGAUUCUGCCUCGCAUCGAAGACGACGAUGUCCUACUCAAUCCUCCUCCCCUACUCAAGCCACUGCCAAUUCGGGCGCAAUCGCCUGGCGGCUCCCUCGGAGGCAGCAGACCAGUCAGCAGAGGCGACGCAACGAACAACAGACCAGCUAGCAGGGGCAAUCCAUUUGACAGCAGAUCUAGUAGUCGUCCACCUAGCAGUCGCCCUCCAUCUCGUCCUCCUUCUCAACCAGCCUCACGUCCUGCAUCUCCAAUAAGGCUCCGUCCACAAACACCAACGAAUCGUCCCCUCACGCCUACGACAGAGGCAAAGCUUGCCAAACGGAGGAGCUGGAUGCCAGGAAAACUUCGAAAGGCGGGGCAGGAUGAAGGAAAUAAUGCGAACAGUACGCAGGCUUGGAUGGUCACACCUAAUGAGAAAAUACCAUACGAUCUUUCGGCGCUAGCAAGUUUCCACAGGGUCCCAGAGCUUUGGAAUGACCAUGGCGAUACGCUGGUAUAUCUACACGCCAGGGAAGGUGGCAGAGGCCCUUCAUUCAAGAUUGACUCAGCCCUCUUUGCUGCCUCCAAAAAGUUGGUAUACGCUGCACAUGGCGGAAUGCAAGAACACAACCAGCGGGAAGCAAACGAUUGGCAACAACAGUCAUUCAUGGAGCGCACCCAACAUCUAACCCUCAACGCUCCAACACUUUUUCCCACAGAACGGCUGGGGUCCUCAAAUCAAGAGAGCUCUAAAGGAUCGCGGUCUGUUAGCGAUUAUUUUGAGGAACUGCCAAUACGAAGAGACAUUCACCUUUGUCUUCCGCUACCGCUGCAAGUCGAUCUAAGCGACGCAACUGCGCUACCUACAAAUGAAGAUGUCGAAAUGCUUGUUACAAUGCGAAACGUGAUUGCGUUUCUCGCAGGUCAGCCUUUGGUGGCCACGCCUAAACAGGCAUCGGUGUUCAUUCUUUUUCUGAAGAUUGCUGAUGUACUGCAGCGUUACGACUUUACGAAUCUUGAUGGCUCUACACUUGGGGAAGAAGCGGCAGGGAACUUCGCAAGCUUCAUUCGGGAAUUCGGACUAGCAGACGUGAGAUCAAGUCGUGAGAAGACAAUCGAAGCUCUGAUCCUCGGAGAACGCAUGAAAUCUUGGGAUCUAUACAACGAAGGAUUUGUGCAUGCUGUUGGAAAAUACGACGACAUCAACGGACUUAAAAGCCCCAAGCUCCACUUAAUCACUGACCUCACUCGAAAAAGGCUAGAGAGAGCAAACCUGGAUCUCUAUACUCGCGUUCGAAAUAUAGAGACGAGGUUGGAGGAUUUCGACUUUCCUUCUCUUUUCGCCGGAAUUGCAAAUUCCAGUACCAGCAGCGAAAGCAAAAUUGUUCGCUUCAAAGAUUGGAAGAGCGCAUACAUGUCAAUGCGAAGACACAUUAUGAGUCUCUACAAGCAUCAAUACGGAGCCUGGCCACCAAAAGCUCAGUCAAAGAAGAACGAUUUUGAGGAAAGCGGACUGAAUCGUCUUUUACUGAGGGAGCUGUAUAAAGAUUUCUCAGAUCUCUACGACAUUCUGGUGGACCGCACUUCCCUGACUACUCGCACAGCGGACAUUCCAUCCCAUGAUCCGGACGAUCCGCAAGAGCCAGCACCACGCGCUUUGCGAAGAAUCUUGGAUGAAUAUGAUCGCAGUACUCCUCCAGUUCAGCCGCCAGUGCCAUUCGACACCCCUCGAGUGCCAUCAUUGUUCGAUACAAGGCGAGGGUUCGACACACUUGACCUGAAGAAGCAGAAGAAAGAGAGUGUGAAGAGACUCCGGGACGAUGAGAUUAACAAAGCACUCAUGCAGUCCUAUAAUCGAGAGUCGAUGAAGGCAACACCGUUCCUCGAAGCUUUCAUGGCCUACGAGCGAAGGACUGCGCACGGAAAAUCUAUCGAAGAGAUAGUUGACCUACGCUAUGGACAGUGGAUCUUCAUGUAUGCAGUGAUCCAAGCGUUGCCCCUUGUAAUCGUUGACGCUCCUGGUGCGAGAUGGACGAAGGGAGUGGAGUACUUCCUUUGUGAGGUGCCCAAAGGAUCCCCACCAUGGGUUCAAGAGAGCGCGAGCCAAAAGCAGAGCGUUUACCGCAUCGCUGGCGGAUCAGCCUUGGUGACCUUGCCAGCUGAUGUUGUUGAACACAGCGUCGAUGGUAUCUACCGCCGAAGUCACUGCUGGCAGGUGGCGGAUAAGUGGGCAGGGUUCAGUGAGGUGCCAGAUGUCCAGUCGCAGAACGAGCCGGAUCUUGAUGAUCUAUUACCGCCUGUGAUGCCAUCAGCGCCGGGAUCGAGAACAGCCUCACAGUCACCUGAUCGACGGCGGGCCCCUAUGGCUCUUGGACUACAGCAAAUGCCGUUGCCUCCAGGAGUGGCACCAAGCGGAGCUAGGCCGAUGUCGGUGCAUGACCCGUCGAAGAGCUUCGCUGCUAUUCUUGGCGAAAUGGAUGGGGUGGGAAAGAAAAAGAAGUAA